AUGAAGCGCCUUAACCAGGCCCUGUUGGCCCUGUUUCUUGCAUUCGGCGUUUAUACCGAGGCCAAGGGUGCCAAUCAUGGUCUCGGUGGACUAGACGGCGCUUCUCAGGCCCAAUCUACUGCUGAGGUAGUCGUUUGGGUUAACGAGAAUGGAGACGUGAUCCGCACGGAGACGAACGGCCUUGUUGCGACACCCACGCCGCAAGAAAAUGCCCGCACAACCGGCACUCAUAUAUCCGCAUCAGCGAUAAAGCCCGAUGCGACACGGGAUGCUGGGACUGUGCCACCAAUAGCACCCCAGGAGCAACCAACGACACAGACAGAGAGGCCACUACAUGCCGAUAGAUCGCAGAAGAAACCGCAGCCUCCUGCUCAGCAUCCCCAUCCUGCACAACAUGCUCACCCUGACCAUCACGAAGAUCAACAUCGUAGAUUCGGAAUCUCCUACUCGCCCUACAACGCGGAUAGAAGCUGCAAAACGCAAGAACAAAUUAACAAAGACCUCGACCGAUUGACGGAAUACCCAUUUGUCCGUAUCUAUGGUACAGACUGUGGACAAACUACCACCGUCGCCCGAGCAGCACGACAACACCACAUGCAAGUUUUUGCCGGGGUCUACGACUUGGAGCAGUUCCCCGAAAGUCUCAAGGCAUUCGACGACGCAGCCACUCUGCCGGAUGGAAAGAAAGAUUGGUCCGUAUUCCACACAAUUGCCAUCGGGAAUGAACUCGUCAACAGUGGUAUGGCGGCACCUGCAGACGUGACCAAGGCCGUGAACGAAGCUCGAACAAUGCUCCGCAAGCAGGGAUACCAAGGACCCGUUGUGACCGUUGAUACCUUCUCUGUCCUCCUCAAACACCCAGAACUCUGCCUUGCCUCUGACUAUUGCGCCGCAAACUGCCACGCCUUCUUCGACGCAACCCAGCACCCAUACAACGCAGGGCCAUAUGUACUCGAGCAGGCUCACGCCGUCUCCGCUGCAGCUGGUGGAAAACGCACAAUGAUCACCGAGUCUGGCUGGCCGCAUGCUGGCCAAUCCAAUGGUGCGGCUGUCCCGUCGCCUGAGAACCAGCGCGUUGCGAUUGAAAGCAUUCGUCGCAGCUUUGCGCACCGUGAGGACGAUCUUGUGCUCUUUACUGCAUAUGAUGAUCUUUGGAAACAGGAUAAUCGGUAUACGUUCAAUGCCGAGCGGUUUUGGGGCGUCUAUGAGCGGUAG